CCGGAUUUGAAUCGCGUCGCAAAGUCUCAUUCUGCAAUCUUCCAACCAAGAAGCAAGCAACUCAACCAACCAACUCAAGCAACAUGUCUGGACGUGGCAAAGGCGGCAAGGGACUCGGCAAGGGCGGUGCCAAGCGUCACCGCAAGGUUCUUCGCGACAACAUCCAGGGCAUUACCAAGCCCGCCAUCCGUCGUCUCGCACGUCGUGGUGGUGUGAAGCGUAUCUCCGGCCUCAUCUAUGAGGAGACCCGCGGUGUCCUCAAGGUGUUCCUUGAGAACGUCAUCCGCGACUCUGUCACCUACACUGAGCACGCCCGCCGUAAAACCGUGACGGCCAUGGACGUUGUGUACGCUCUCAAGCGUCAGGGCCGCACCCUUUACGGCUUCGGCGGAUAAGCGCAUUGCGGCUAGCUGCCUCGGGCUCCCGACGGACCCAACAAUCUGCUUUCGAAUGCAAUCUCUGUCUAUUUGUUCUAAUUGAACGGAUAGCCUAGUGGAUCAAUUCGAAGCUUCAUUUCCUGGUGUUUUUUAACACCACCCUUUUAUCGAAGAAUGAUCAUCUAGAGAAGAAUUUGAGUAGUAAAAGGUCUAGAAUGCUGGUGAUUGUCGUUUCACUGCUUGUUGUUGAUGAGCUGUC